UAACCUAGUUAACAAGAAGAAGCUUGUGUGUGGCGUACUAUCGUCUAUUCACUUCACCGUCGGUUGGAAACUACUUAAUUUAAUAGUAUGUUGUGGCAUUAGUAUGUCAACGUAACGUUGUAUGCAAGAAUGUACAAUUUUAGUCUGAGCUCGGAAGAGUUGUAGUUAGCGUUAGCAGUGUAGCUAGGUCACUUACUCUCGGCUACAUGGAGACUUAGCACAAGUUCUGCGUUGUUUACAUUUUUUGCAAACAUGGCUCAAUUCAUUGACUCUGACGAGACAACUCCAUUGCUCAGUGAUGAUUCAAACAGUGAUGACUCUCAGGAUGAAGAAUACAAGAGUCGGUGGAGGUCUAUCCGAGUUAUGUACUUCACCAUGUUUCUCAGCAGUGUAGGUUUCACUCUUGUCAUCACAUCACUGUGGCCCUAUUUACAAAAGAUCGAUGAUAGUACCAAUGCCACCUUCUUGGGAUGGGUGGUGGCUGCCUACAGUCUCGGUCAGAUGUUAGCCUCACCAAUUUUUGGCCUUUGGUCCAACUACCGGCCACACAGGGAGCCACUGGUGUGUUCCAUCAUCAUCAACCUGUCCGCCAAUAUCUACUACGCCUACGCAUUCCUGCCCAGAACCAAUAACAAGUUCCAUGUGCUCAUUUCCAGAGCCUUUGUGGGCUUUGGAGCAGGUAAUGUUGCUGUGGUGAGGUCCUAUGUUGCUGGAGCUACUUCACUGAAGGAGAGGACCAGUGCCAUGGCAAACAUGAGUGCCUGUCAGGCUCUGGGUUUCAUCCUGGGACCAGCUCUGCAGGCCUGCCUAUCAUUCAUCGGUGAGCAUGGUGUCACGGUAAAGGCUAUAGACCUGCAGCUCAACAUGUACACUGCUCCUGCUUUACUAGCCACCGUUUUCUGCUUCAUCAACAUCCUGCUGGUUGUUUUGGUGCUGAGAGCUCACCGUGUUGAUGAGCGUGGACGUAUUCGAGCCAUCAACUACAUAUCGGAAGAUGGAGAUGACAUUAGUGAAGAGACUGAGGAGACCAUUGAUAAGAUCGCAGUCCUGACUUCCAACGUUCUCUUCUUCAUCGUCAUGUUCAUCUUUGCGGUCUAUGAGACGAUUGCCACCCCUUUGUCCAUGGACAUGUUCGCUUGGACAAGGAAAGAAGCUGUGUUGUACAAUGGCAUCAUCAUCUGCUGCAUUGGAUUACAAUCCGUGUUGGUGUUUCUAGCUGUAAAAGUGGCAUCUGAAAGGAUCGGGGAUCGUCCUGUGUUUCUAGCAGGCUUGGCCAUUAUAUUCUGUGGUUUCUUUAUUCUGCUUCCAUGGGGGAAUCAUUAUCCGAAAAUCCAGUGGGCAGACCUCAAAAACAACUCUUUGGUCAGUCAAAGGUCUAAAGCCUCCAACAACUCUAUAGAGCCAACAGGCUGCCCAUAUGAACAGAUCUGGUGCCAGUACACUCCUGCCAUCCAUCUGGCCCAGUACAUCUCAUCCAACAUCCUCAUCGGGGUGGGAUACCCAGCCUGCAACGUGAUGUCAUACACACUGUAUUCCAAAAUCCUAGGACCCAAACCUCAGGGUGUGUACAUGGGCUGGUUGACGGCCUCAGGGAGUGGGGCGCGGACGGUGGCCCCAGUCUUUGUCUCCCAGGCCUAUACCAUCCUGGGACCCCGCUGGGCCUUCGGCCUCAUCUGUGGCAUGGUGGUAGUGGCCAUCAUCCUCCUCAGCUCUGUUUACCACCGACUCGUCACCUUUUCUGUACGCCAUGGAAGAACUAUACAAUGAAGGGAAGAUUCACACUGGACAGCCUGAUUUGCCUGAUAUCAAACAAAACUGUUGACUUGUUACAGUCUGUUUCCAUCUUCAGACUGACAUUCUAAUCAAUUUCCACGGGGGUUGAGGGGUUUGAUUUUCUCUGACCAGAGACCAACUAUUCAGAGAUGUCGGGGUAUUUGUCACAUAUAGACCAGACAUCUAUUCUGGAAGGAUGUGUGUUAAGUUUUUAGAUUACAUGUAAUAGCUAAAGAGUUGGCAGUCAGAGCAUAACGUUGCAGUUAUGGACACAAAUGAGGGAGGCUCAAGAAGAGUAGAGGAUCGGGGCCGUGACAAGCCAACAAAGACGCCACGGAAAAUGAAGCUGUGCCAAAAUCUCAACCUCGUAGCAGUACAUUGUACAUCAGCGCAGAGUGCUGUUCAGUACUUUUAACUGAUUUAGAACAGCCUACAGACGCAUCAAUGUUGUCUGUAGCGGUCUCCAUUGUCGUUAGUAUUACUACCCGGUUCCAGCGCACAACUGACAACUCUUAACAAUAACGCUAGGCCUGCGCCUGGCACUGAUCGUUUCAAAGGUCUAGAUCCAGGCAAGUCCCUGAUGCCGGUUUCCUAAUGUUAAUCUCAAAAACUUCACACCGAAAUUCAGGUUAUAAUGGAGGCUCUUUGUUGCUGUUACUUACAUUAACAUGUGGCAACUGAGAAGCGUUUGUGACUCGGGGUUGACCUUUAAACACUAAAUAAAGGAGAUAAGGCCACCACUUCUCACCACUCGACCAAAGGAGGUUGCUUUGCAAGUUAUAGUAAACGGGAGCUAGAACUGCAGCAGCCCUUUCACUGGUUGUGAGAGAAGAAGCCAUGUGAUGCCUUUUCAUAACCUUUUAUGGCAUUGCCUUGUAUGAGGUGGGUCCAUGAUGUCAAAGCAAUAGUAGUUAUGUAAUUGCAUCAUUGGUCUCAAACAUAAAUUGGUUAACAUUUUUAAUACCAGGACUAGUUUAGCAAAAGGUUCUCAGAAUGCCUUUGAAUUCAAUUUUAAUAUUAAAGAUGAAAAUUUAAAGGCAUGUGUGCCGUGCAUAGGAGCAGCAACCAUGACCUAAUCAAGGGUACUUUAUAAUGUAUGCUGUCGAAUUGUUUGAUAUUUAGUUUUCAUCAAAAGAAAAUGUGCUCGCUACUGAAUUAUUUUGACUAAUUGUGUGACAUUCCUUGUACUGUAUGUAUUAACGAUCUUUAAAAUUGUAAUUUUGCUGUUUUAAUUGGAGAAAAUGGGAUAUGUCAGUUUUACUGUUAAAUGAUUGUUGUGCAAGAAAUGUAGAGAGAAACAAAGCUAUUACACCAGAACGAGAGCCGUGCAAAGAGUAAGAACCAUUGAAGCACUAUUC